AUGGGUCAAAUAGCGUCCAUUCGACGAAGAGCAAGUGUCCCGAAUGUAACAAAUGGGACAGGUAACGAUGAUGAGAACUGUGAAAUGCAUCGCUUCUCUAGUCAUCCAGGAGCUUUUUUUGGUUCGUACUUCUUAUUGGGCGGUGAACGAUAUGAUUUGGCAAAGCCGGAAGCCUUUUUAUUUGGCGAGAAUGCAGAUUUAGAUAUACUUGGUAACAAAUCAGUGCAGUUUCCAUACUCGAGUCAACCAGUGAAUGAUCCAGUGAGGACUUUGAAUGCUUUAAUCAAUCUUCGUCGAGAUUCGUUAAAACUUACAAAAAGGAAGAACAAUGCAUCAGAGAAUAACAAGAAUUCGUUCUGCUUAGAAUUCUAUUUCGACUGUGACAGUGCAUGUUACGUACAAAUUCACUUUUUUGCGAAGGAAGUUGUUAGCGAUGGACAUAUACAAUUUAUGCACAAGUAUCCGCAGCUGAAGUCAUCUGAACAGUAUUAUUUUGAUGUUGGUGCGGAGCAACAUUUCAAUAAAUUCAUUAUGGAUGCUAGUGUAUAUGACCUUAGUUCUAUGCAUUAUGAUAGCGGUUCCUAUUUCCCAGUUGUUAUUGAGAUUCGUGCUGUUGAUUGUGGUAUUGAACAGAUGCAGUCAACAAUGGCUAGCAUCGAACAUGCAACCGAUCAGUGUGCAACUUUUGUUGUAAAAGCACUCAAACAAAAAUUAGUAGCUGAUGGUGUAGUAUAUUUGUUGCAAGAAAUUUACGGAAUUGAGAAUAAGGAACAUGACCUUGGUGAUGAAAAUGGAUCCGAAUGCAUCAUUUGUAUGUCUGAUAUCCGCGAUACUGUCAUUCUUCCAUGCAGGCAUUUAUGUAUUUGUAAUGGAUGCGCGGAAACAUUGAGGUAUAAGUUGAAUAACUGCCCCAUUUGUCGUUCUCCAUUCCGUGCACUACUGCAGCUGAAGACGAUGCGUGUUGUUAGUACGGUUUCAAUAACUGAUCAGUCACCAUCUUCGCAACAAACUCGUUCACAAACUAGGUAUGAGACAAUGACCUUAGUAGAAGCACUAAAUGGACCGAUUAGUCACAUACAGUCUUGCUUGGUACCAACUGCUCCACUUGGCCACAACAUUGAUUCUCCUCAUGAAGUUUCUACAUCUCUUAAUUCAAAAGUUGCAAGACGGUCUUCGCGAUCAUCGGUCGCUAUACAGCAGGUACUCACGUUGAAUCAAGGCCGGAACAAGAAAGAUAACACCGUUUGCAUAGAAAUGAAAUCAGCGAAUGAAUUCAAGAAUGAAGAGAUGCCAAAUAACUGUUCAACAAGUCGUUAUCUUGACUCCCCAUCCGACACUCCGUAUUCAUCGGUUUCCUCACAUGGUCGACGUUACAAGAAACAGCAGACUAUGUCGCCACUGUAUAACCGAAAAGGGUCUAUUAAAAAUGUUGCUGUUCAAGAAAAUCCACCAAAUGAACUUGCCCAAAAUUCCGACAAUAUUACUACAGCAAAGAAUUCAUAA